AUGACAUCAGAUAAACCGUCAAAAUCAUUUUUCGGAAGGAAACUACACAAGGAACGCCAGCCCGAUCUGCGCGCUGAGACGCCCGAAUCGUUUGGUGCGGCUAGCAGUGGAUCGGGAUCGCGCUCAUCGAGAUAUUCGAAGCGAGAGUCCGGCCUAUCUGUCGAUUUAACCGGCGAUACGGAAUAUCUCUCAGGUGUGAUAGGAUCCAUCCCGUAUGACAGCGUACCUGUGCGAAAGGAGCCAACCCCUUCCAAAAUGGGUAAACCAAACGACUACCACCAAUAUCCCCAGUUUCAGGGGCAUCAGCCUGCGAACGGCGCAAUGCACCUGUCUGGACCCCGGCCCCCGCCAGGAUCCUCAGGCACCACCGCCUCAUACUACUCUCAAAGCGACAAGGGGGUGAAAUAUCAAGCGUGGAACGGCCACAACGCCUACCCGACCACAGAAUCCUCUAACCCUCGAACCUCCAUGGACCAGAACAGCAUCUACUCCGCGAUCUCGUCCGCUCCUCGUGGCUCGACUCAUACUAUCAGCACAGACAAUGCGUCCCGUUAUAACUACCCCACACAUUCUCAAGAUCCCCGGAAUCAGCCGUCCAGCUCAUCGGGAAGCCGUCCUUCUACCUCGUCACGAUCUGACUGGCUUCCUCCUCAACUACCCAUUGUGUUUGGUACUUUGCCAAUCUCGGCGGAUGGAACGAUCCAGAGACCCAAGGAUGACGCUGUCGUGGACCAGAUGUUCUAUGAGCUCAUGAUCAAACGAGGGUGGCAGAAUCUCCCCGAACAGGCCAAGAGACAGAUGUUGGCCUACCCGACGUCGAAAAAAUGGACUUUGGUUCAUCAAGAUCGCCUGACGCAGUGGCAAGGGGAGCAAAAGCGGCGCCAACAGAAUAGGCAAACCGGCUCUGGAGAUGGAGGCAAGGGUCUCCUUGGACGAGCCGAUGAAGAAGGCAGCCCUGAGUGGUAUGUUAAGAAGGUCAUGGAUGACUCCAUCACAGCAAAGGAGUUGGGGAGUUUAAGCGUAAGCUUACGAACACAACCAAUAAGAAGAAAAGCUUCAGGACCAGUUCCGGUGACCAAUUCAGGAGGAGAUAAGGAUUUGGAUCGUGAGUACGACAUUGCAAAAUGUUUGAAGGCCUUGAUGAACAACAAAUAUGGUGCCGACGAUGCGCUUGCCCAUCAGCAAAUUAUUGUGGCUCUCGCAAGUUCUCUUAUAUCCCCAAGAUUGACAACAAGAAAGCUGGUCAGUGAAAUCUUGACCUUCCUCUGCGACUGGGCCCAUGGUCAGGGACAUCAAAAGGUCCUUCAAGCAAUGGAUCAGGUUAAGAAUAUGCAAGGCGAGACCGGCCGAUUUGAUGCUUGGAUGCGAGUAGUGGAAGUCAGUAUUGACGGAAGAGGCAAAAUGGGCAGUCUUGUCGGCGCAAGUGAAGAGUUCAGAAGCGGCGGCAUAGGAAUGGAGAACCUCCUCAUGGAGUACGCUCUAGCAACCAUGUUUUUGAUCAACAUGUUUGUCGAUGCUUCAGAAGAUGACUUGCAGCUUCGAUGUCAUAUCAGAGCACAGUUCACCGCUUGCGGUAUCAAACGACUACUUGCUAAGAUGGAAGGAUUCCAGUAUGAGGCCAUUGACAGACAAGUGGAACGGUAUAAGGAGAAUGAAGGGAUUGACUACGAAGAUCUGCUUCAACGAGAAAGCAGUAGUAUGAAAGAUAGCAUUGAAGGGGAGGUCAGUGAUAUGAACGACCUUAUUCAGAUCACCAAUGCUAUCAUUAGUAGGCUACGGGGAGAUCGUUCCCAGGACUUCUUCAUUUCUGCUAUGCAACACAUGCUUCUUAUCAGGGAGAACUCUGGUGAAGAUAGCCACCGAAUGUUCCAAUUAGUUGAUGCAAUGCUCAGCUAUGUCGCCAUGGACAGAAGGCUUCCAGAUAUGGACCUGAAGCAGAGUCUCAAUUUUACCGUCCAGAGCCUCCUUGACAAGCUACACACCGACGCUGAAGCAAGAAGAGCGUUCGACGAGUCCUUAGAAGCUCGCCAGAUUGCAGAAGCUGCAAUUGCCGAACGAGAUGAGAUGAAAGCUCGAAUCGAAAUGGGCGCAGAUGGCCUAGUCAAGAAGCUCCAGAAGCAAAUCGAGGAACAAGAAGCGGUAAUCAGUCUUCAAACCCGGCAAAAUGAGUCCUUGAAAAGUGAAUUGGCCGAGGUCCAAAGAAUUCGAGGACAAGAGCUUCAGAGGAACGAACUUGAAACUCGGGAGCUGUACCUCAUGCUUCGAGAUGCACAGGAUGUUGCAGCCUCGAAGUCUAAGAUGACUGGUACUGGCGGUGAUAUGGGCACAAUGGAUCCUACCCAGAUGAAUGGUAUUCUUGACCGGGAAAAACUCAUGAGCCGUCUUGAACGGCAGCUCGAUCGAGCAAAGACUCAGUUCAAAUUGGAAGGAAAAGUUUGGCCUCAGAAUGGUCCAUCAGACAGGCUUCGAGAACUGCGCGAACUGAUGGAGGGAGAUUUCUCUCAUGAUCCCGAAAUUGAUGAGGAGACCAAGCGCAACUUCACUCAUAGUACCUUUGGUACUGUUUCGAGGAAGCGUAGCCAGGCCCUUAAAGCUAACGCUUCUAACGACGAGGAUAGCCGGGAUGGAGAGCUUGAUGACCUAGAGGAAGAGGGCGAGGAGGCUGUAUUUGAGAAGGGCCGGUUGGUAGAGAUCAGAAGACCAAAACUCGACCCUGAGCGUGCCACAGCACUUCUGGGUGAAAUUGCUUCCAAAGCUGGAGAAAGAGAAAAGGAGUUAGAAAAAGAAAAGGAGAAAGAAAAGGAAGAGCAAGAAAAGACCUCGACACCUCCCGCCGAAGCUCCUGAGAAUAAAGAGACAAAAGAUGCUGGAUCCGAUAACCUUGCCGGCUUCAAUGGCCCUCCACCACCACCGCCACCUCCUCUCCCUGGAUUCGGAGGGGGGGCACCGCCUCCACCACCUCCCCCCAUGCCUGGCUUCGCUGGUGGUGCUCCUCCACCGCCCCCUCCUCCCAUGCCCGGCUUUGGAAAUGGUGCACCACCACCUCCUCCCCCCAUGCCAGGAGUUGGAAUGCCCCCUCCACCGCCCCCAAUGCCUGGCGGCUGGAAGAAAACUUAUCUCCCAGCUGGACAAGUUUCUACAGUACCUACGGUUAGCUUACCAUUUAUACGCCCCAAGAAGAAGCUCAAGGCACUUCAUUGGGAUAAAGUUGAUACCCCUCAAGUGACCGUCUGGGCUGCUCAUGCACCUACACAUGAGGCCAAGGAGCAGAAAUACACUGAUCUUGCAAAGAAGGGAGUUCUCGAUGAAGUCGAGAGAUUGUUCAUGGCCAAGGAAACGAAAGUACUGGGUCGUUCUGGGAAGAAAACUGAUAAGAAACAAAUCAUCAGUAGUGAAUUGGUUCGCCAAUUUGAAAUUGCAUUCGCCAAGUUUUCUCAAAUCUCCGCAGACGAGCUCGUUCGCAAGAUCAUUCAUUGUGAUACCGAAAUAUUAAAUAACACCGUUGUCAUGGAAUUCUUACAGAAGGACGAGCUGUGCAAUAUUCCUGAAAAUACAUCAAAGUUAAUGGCCCCCUAUAGCAAGGAUUGGACCGGGCCCGGAGCUGCUACAACAGAACGAGAGCAGGACCCUUCAGAGCUUACUCGUCAGGAUCAAAUCUAUCUCCAGACUGCCUUUGAGUUGAACCAUUAUUGGAAAUCAAGAAUGCGUGCACUUAACUUGACUCUCUCUUUUGAGCAAGAAUACGAUCAUAUAUCCUCCAGUCUACGGGAGAUAGGACAAGUCUGCGAGUCGUUACGUGAUUCCGUCUCCUUGAUGAACGUGCUUGGACUCAUUCUUGAUAUUGGUAAUUUCAUGAAUGAUUCCAAUAAACAGGCCGCUGGUUUCAAACUCAGCUCUCUGGCUCGUCUUGGUAUGGUCAAAGAUGACAAGAAUGAGUCCACCUUUGCAGAUCUUGUUGAACGUAUUGUUCGAAAUCAAUAUCCAGAGUGGGAAGGGUUCACCGACGAUAUUGAUGGCGUAAUAAGGGUCCAGAAGGCCAAUGUUGAUCAGCUCCAGCUUGAUGCAAAGAAAUAUAUUGACAACAUCAAGAACGUGCAAAUGAGUUUGGAUUCUGGCAACCUGAGCGACCCAAAGAAGUUCCACCCUCAAGAUAGGGUAAAUCUGAUCGUCCAAAGAUGCAUGAAAGACGCGAGGAGAAAGGCAGAGCAGCUGCAGCUCUACCUUGAUGAAACAAGCCAGACAUACGACGAUAUCAUGGUGUUUUACGGUGAAGACCAUACAGAUGAAAAUUCAAGACGAGAAUUCUUCCCCAAACUUGCGACCUUCUUGCAGGAGUGGCGCAAAUCCAAGGAGAAAAACAUCUCUUGGGAAGAAAAUAGGCGGCGCACAGAAGCCUCGCUUGCUCGCAAGAGGGCCAAGCCCGGUCUUACAAACGGUAUAGAUUCUGGUACCCCAACUUCGCCCACGUCAAAUGGUGCAAUGGAUUCACUGCUGGAGAAGCUGCGUGCUGCUGCUCCCCAGGCUAGAGAUCAGCGUGACAGAAGACGUCGCGCAAGAUUGAAGGAGAGGCAUCAAGUACGACUUGCUUCUGGACAACAUGUACCCGGUAUAACGGUGAACGACGGCCAGGAUAGCGAGAGCACUACGACUGCGGAACCGGCCGCAACCCCCAAAGAUGAUACCCCACAAAAUUCGCAAUCUAAGGGUGAGGACAUCGCGGAUCGCGCCGCCAGCAUGUUACAGGGACUCAGGAGUGACAAUGACUCUGAGGGCAGCCGUUCCAGGCGACGAAAUAGCGCUGAAGAAGCCCGGAGAAGCAGGCGGAUGCGACGACGUGCCCCGGCAACAACGUCGGCUUCUACCAAUAAGGAAUCUAAUGAUGGCUCUUCACUGCUCUCAGCGCACCCUGAACCUGAGGGUGGAAGCAGACGAGACUCUUCAGGGAGCACUGCAUCCGCGGUGUUGGGCGAAACAACCAAUGAACCCGAAACUUCACCGCGGCCUUUACCAGCAACUCCCGGUGGCACAGAUUCCAAUCCUAUCACGAUAUCCGACUAA